GCCGUUUGAGCUGAAGCAUACAAGCGGAUCUCGGUGCACUCCGGCAUCGCACGUACACAUCGCCAGACCUCUUGCUCUGAGGCGAGCCGCCGCUCGUUCCAGGAUGCGUUGGGCCAACACACAUCGCAAUCAUGCUUUCCAUAUUCAGUCACGCGGGCUCGCUGCAGCUGAACGCUGACGACAAGAGCGGCGAUGCCGACGGCAAGGGGGCCGAGCGGACCAACGCCUCUACUUUUCCAUUAAUCUCCCCAGUGAUCUACCCCUUCGAUCCGAAUAAUCUCGAAGAUCGCUACAUACUACCAGCCCAGCAGAACAUCGUAGACCUGGGCUACGGAGGAAGCUGUGAGCGCGGGUGGUACGACGUCCAGGGGCAGGGCAUCUGCAACGACUAUUGCAGGUGGGUUGGAAAUUGUGGAUGUGGAGGCAGCUGCUCAAGGUUCGACUGCGCGCUCGCAGGGUCGAGCAGCAUCUACACGGGAAACGACUAUGGGUGGGCGAGAGGGAGCCAAUGCCCGCAUCAGGGUGCUGAGACGAGAGUGCUUACCGUGACUGGGCAAGUCGGUCCAAGCAGCGCUAUGUUGUCCCAGUACAAUAAUGUCCGUGCAGUCCUGCACCGAAGCGAUUUCACUUUGUGGAUUUUCGCUGUCUACCAUGGGGGCUACACCAAGAUGGUUGGUGUAACCAUAGUGAACGGAGUUGAAGCAGGUUCGCGAUCUGCCCGAUAUGUGUCAGGGUAUCACAGCCUGACGCGUGCAUCAAUCAGCAGUCUCUGGGACAGUGGUACUACAAUGGCAUAUUCAUGUGGAGAAGGAUACUGCCUCCACUACGUGCACAUUGACCCGUCGGCAGCAUGGACGCUCACGCAAGCCGUGCGAGUGGGCAACACGAUCCGAAAAAUAUCCAGUGGGUCGGCGUACGAUGCCUCGGCGAGUGCGCACGGCAUUGUAAGCGUAAGCAUCCAGGCUGAAGAGACAUGGGCACACAAACGGGUUGGUCUCACCGCUGAUCUGACAGACAAUUCGAAAUACCCGAAUGGAGCAUAUAUAGGCCUUUUCCCAGCAGGGCGAGUCUACAUACCUGGUAGAGCCGACAGCACAUACACGACGCAUGAUGUGUUCAGGUUUCAGUGGGAGGCGAACAUGAUUGUCGUGUACAAAAACGGUGUGAGGCUCCAUUCUUGGUCGGUGGCAAGCCCCCCAAGGGGUGUGCUGUUGUAUUUCUACGAGUACGGCGCGUCAUUGCAGGUGUUUACUUCGCCGGUGUCCCUUUGGCAGCCAGACAACACGUGGUACGUCGUCGACGGCUCAACGGUGACAAGGAGUGCGGCUUCAUCAUGGCUCUGGAGGACCAUAGCGUUUGGCCCAUGGAUAGAGUCAGGGACUUACACGGCAUCGUUUGCAUAUGUCGCGUCGUCCCAUGGCUGUACUCAAUCGCCAGGCUGCAGUGUAGCAUUCGGUGUCGUAUUCGAAGGGUACGAUCUUGGACAGAGCGGAUGCUACCACAGCAGCGUUGAUGGGUACAAUUGCCAAUCUGGUCGAGGUCUCCAACUUCUAGGCAACAAGUGGGGUCAAAGUAGUUGGCAGGGUUGUUCAAAUCACGGUAUUCAAGUUGGUGAUGUGAUCCGUGUGCAGAUCGACAUGUCCCUCGCAACAAUGACCGUUGCCGUCAACGGUGUAAAUUGCCCACCGUUCCAAUCACUUCCAAGUCAAGUUCGACUAGCGGUAUCCACAGAAAGGGAUGGAGACAUUGUCGCUGCAUUGCUGACAUCAUCGAUCUCCACGACGCCCAGCCCCACGGCCAGCCCUACGGCCAGCCCGACGGCCAGCCCGUCGGCCAGUCCGACGGCCAGCCCGACGGCCAGCCCCACGGCCAGCCCUACGGCCAGCCCGACGGCCAGCCCCACGGCCAACCCAACGCCAAGCCCCACGCCCAACCCGACGCCCAGCCCCACGCCCACUCCGACGCCCAGCCCCACGCCCAACCCGACGCGCUACCCGACGCCCUACCCGACGCCCAACCCGACGCGCUACCCGACGCCCUACCCGACGCCCUACCCGACGCCCAACCCGACGCGCUACCCGACGCCCUACCCGACGCCCUACCCGACGCGCUACCCGACGCCCUACCCGACGCCCUACCCGACGCCCAACCCGACGCGCUACCCGACGCCCUACCCGACGCCCAAACCAACUGCCAGCCCGACAGCCAGCCCAACGGCAAGCCCAACUGCCAGCCCGACGGCCAGCCCGACGGCCAUUCCGACGGCCAGCCCGACCCCCGCCCCGACGGCCCCCCCAGCGGUGUACGGUGAGCUCUCUGCAACGGUGCUCGACCCAGAAGAGUUUGUGGCAAAUUGUGCAAAUAACCCGGAUAUUCAAGCAUCGAUUGCGACCUACCUCGAUGGUGAACUUGGUAGCACCGUCGACCCUCAGGCCAUCAAUGUGUUCUGCAAAUUGGUUGAUGGCAACGUCACCCUUGGGUACGAGGUCGAAGCCAGCUCGUUUGACGAUACUCUUCAAGAUAUAGGAGCAGCUCUAGCAGGCAUUGUAGCGGGGGGUGUUGGGGCUGCGCUGUUGUCGCUUAGCGGUGCGAUGUUUGCAGGUGCAGCACCUGCGCUUGGGGGACUUGGAAGCCUGUUUGGCCAAUUCUUUCAGGGGAAUAGUCCUCCUGCUCCAAGCCCCCCCUCUUAUGCGCCGCGACGGAGACGUUCGACGCCGAGACGGAGACGUUCGACGCCGAGCCCCACGGCCAGCCCAACUGCCAGUCCGACGCGCAACCCAACGCGCAGUCCGACGGCUAGCCCGACGGCCAGCCCGACGGCCAGCCCGACUGCUAGCCCCACGGCCGGCCCAACUGCCAGCCCGACAGCCAGCCCGACGGCCAGCCCCACGGCCAGCCCUACGGCCAGCCCUACGGCCAGCCCAACUGCCAGCCCGACAGCCAGCCCAACGGCAAGCCCAACUGCCAGCCCGACGGCCAGCCCUCCGACGGCCAGCCCGACGGCCAGCCCGACAGCCAGCCCAACUGCUGGCCCGACGCCAAGCCCGACGGUCUGCACAACGGUUCAAGGUGGUUUUGCCCUCACCGUCCCCGACCCCGAAGAAUUUGCAGAGAAUUGUUCCAACGGUACAGACGUGCGAGUUGCUCUAGAAACGUCAAUCGCGACAAUUUUCAAUGGCACCGUCACCCCUGAGGACGUCUCGGUGUUUUGCGUCUUCGGGCAGCGUGUCGACGAGCACCGUACCAGCAACGUCACCAUUCAGUACGACAUCGCCGCGCCUGUCGGACUCGUCGACUCGAUUCGGGACAGCGCAGAAGUGCUUUUGGGCCCCCAGGCUUCCAGUCAGGGCUUGGCCAGUCUCGUCACCAUCAUCAGCGACGAGCUGUCCAGCACUGCGCCUGCCGCGGCCAGCAAUGCCCCCACGGAGGCGUUCGGAGGCUCGGAAGAGAUUGCGGUCGAUCACGCCGGAAAUUGCACAUCAAGCCCUGCAGCGAGCCCCGCGGCUGGCCCCACGGCCAGUCCGACGGCCAGCCCGACGCCCACGCCGACCCCCGCCCCGACGGCCCCCCCGAUGGUCCAGGGCGAGUUCGCUGUGACGGUGCCCGACCCCGAGAAGUUUGCGUCAGAUUGUUCCAGCAGCGCAGACAUGCGGGAGGCUCUUCAAUCAUCGAUCGCGAGUUACAUGAACGGUACCGUAGCCCCUGAAGACGUCGCGGUGUUCUGCAGCAUUGACAGUGGUAGCCGUCUUGACGCCACCGUCGAGUACGAGGCCACGCGCCGCUCGCUGGCCGGCAACGUCACCAUCGACUACCGCAUUGUCGUGCUGGAAGAGACGGCCCAUUCGGUUCAGGACAGCGCGACAGAGCUGUUGAGCUCCCAGGCUUCUGGUCAAGACCUGGCCAGGCUUGCUGCCCUUAUCAGCAGCGCGCUCUCCGCCACUGCGCCCGGCGCGUCCGGCAACGCUCCCCUGCAAGCCAUCGGAGGCCCGGCGGCCCUAGCCGUCAUCUCAACGCAGCCACCGACGCCGCGUCCGACGCCUCUCUCGACGCCGGGCCCCACGGCUUCCCCGGGGCCCGUUCCACCGUUGGCUGUCUCCAGCGGCGCCAUGACUGCCACAGGGGACCCACACCUACGAAACAUCUACGGCGAGCGUUUCGACCUGAGGAGGCCUGGCAAGCACACACUGGUCAACAUUCCAAAGGGGGAGCGCGCUGAGAGAGCCCUGCUUCAUGUAGAGGCUGAAGCGGUGCAAAUGGGUAUGCAGUGCGCAGACUUGUACUUCCGAGAAUUGAACAUGACAGGGGUGUGGGUAGAGGCUACGUGGUCUGGCGGUCUUCACUUUCACGCCCUGGAUGUGAGCUACGGAACAUCGAAGUGGAAACAUGUUGGGAAGGUAGAUGUAAAGGUGGCUCAUGGGCGCACGAGGGAGGGGAUCCAGUACCUGAAUGUUUACAUCAAGCAUCUCGACCGUGCUGGGUUUGCGGUAGGGGGUUUAUUGGGUGAAGAUGAUCAUACGCAGGCGACAAUGGCUUCCCGUGCAUGUGUUCAGCGUCACAGCGUGUCCCUUUUCAGUCGUUGAGUGGGCAGUGCUUGCGCAGCCGCUGAAUGGCAAUUGCGCCUGCGAAAGAGGAUGCAGCCAGACUCUAGGACUUGGAGCUGGGCUCAUGGAUCCUAGGCUUUAAGUCCACCGUAAGCGUGAGACGCGCCAAGCUGCGCAGGCGCUCAUUACCCAGAUGCAUGGGCUCGUUCCACGAUUGUUGAGUGUGGGGGCCGAACGGUCUUACAGAGGACGGAGGAUAGGAGGAGGGAACUGAGCUCGUUCAGUCUACUGGUUGCCCCUUGCCUGCCAGCGUGCCCUGGUCCAACGUGUUCGUCUGGACGUCUCAGGAGCGGUGACUGCUUUUGCCUUUUGCUGGAAGACGCACGAAAAAAAAAAGGUACCUACGAUUCCAGACCGUGCUC